AUGCCUAAAAUCAGGUUUUUCAUACAAGUGGGCUCUGGAAUGAUAGAAACAAUGGCAAGGGAAGGCAGCAUCCUAGCAACUGUACUAAGGAGGGAAGGAAUAACUAAAGCUGAUUUUUCUAAUUGCAAUUAUCAGUUGGAAUGUGGAACAUGUACAGUUAAUCUGCCUGAAGAUUUGAAAGGCGUUCCUCUCCCAAAUGAAGAACAAUUGCUUAUGCAAAAAGGAAAAGACAUGAAUGUGAGAUGCUCAUGCCAAGUUAGGGUUUCUGAAGAGUUUAAGGAUAGAGUCAUUAAAUAUAUCUAA